CCUUUAUGCAAAGAGAGUCCCCUACCGUAAAAGUAUUUUCCCAAAACGCCCUUCUCUCCUUCUCCGCCUUGUAUUGGUAUUCCUUUGAAUGCCGGAGCCGGCGAGUGGUGGCGCCGGUAGCGCAAACUGAGGCUCUGUUUUCGUUUUUCAUUAUUUUUUUUGGAUUUUUUCCCUUUUUUUUUGGAUCGAGUUUUUCCGAAGCGACGUUUGGAGUAAGGUGGUGGCGGAUCGGACUGCGGGAGCGGGAAUGAUAUGAACUAGGGUUUUGUAGAUCGUUUUUCCGUUGUCGAUUUGAUUAGUUUCCUAGAACUGAUCGGCCAUGUCCGACGACAUAGUCAUGCAGUUAUCUUCGAGUUCGAGUCCUCCUGAUCCGUCCCUACCGACGAAGCUGGCCAAGCUGGAGGCUCGCAUGGCGGGGAAGAGCUCGUCUUCACUCACAAUUCAGUCGGCGUGGCAGUCUCCUCCGCCUCCUCCUCCUCCUCCGAUGAGGUUUGCGGAGCAAGAGGAAUUGCCUGACUCAUCCUCUGACGAUGAUAAUGGCGAAGAGUUCUUGAUACAACACAACAUUCAGAAGCGCCAGAGAUUUGAAGAAGGUGAUCAUGAUCUAGCUAUUGAACAAUAUAAGGAAACAACAAAUGGAAGGGUAAAGCCCUUGGAGAGUCUUGAGAUUAGAAGAAAUUUGGAUGAGUCAAAUAAGAAAAAGCAAGGUCGUGGUAGAGGUCGUCCAUCAACUGGUAGGGGUCGUGGCUCAAAGACAUCUGAGCAAACUCGUGUAGUAUCAACUUCCUCAGUUAUCUCAAAUGGACAACUUGAGAGUCCCGCAAAAAAGGACAUUUUGUCUAAACUGCCACUUGGGAAUGAUGAUAGAAUUACCUUGUUGCAGCAGGAAAUAUCAUUAUUACGUAGCAAAAAUGCAACCUUGGAGGAAGAGUUAAAUAAGGCACGCCAUGAAGCAUCUGAAACUCAUAAUCUUGCCCGCCAGUUUGAAAAGGAACUAAAAGAACUCAAAGAACAUAAUCAACAAAUGAAGACAAAGCGGAUUAAAGUGCUAUCUGAUCUACUGAUAUCAUUCUCAAAAGCAGAGAGGCAGGAAGCAAGGGUGAAAGUACGACAAGAAUCUGUUAGGCUCGGAAAUGUUGCUGUUCUUAGGACUGGAACCAUUAUUUCAGAGGCAUGGGAGGAAGGUCAAGCAUUAAAGGAUAUUAAUGCUCACCUAAAAUCAUUAUUGGAGAUGAGAGAAUCUAUUGAGCGGUACAAGAAAUCUCUGAAGAAAAGACAACCUGACAAAGGUGAUGGCAGUGACAUGGAAACUAGCAUGUCAGAUGAAGAUUUUGUUGUACAGGAUGAGAUUUGUAAGUCUCGUUUGGCAAGCAUCAAGAGGGAGGAAGAGAGCUGUUUGAGAGAGAAGGAACGUUAUGAACUGGAAAAGGGAAAGCUUAUACGUGAAAUGAAGCGGAUCCGAGAUGAAGAUGGUUCACGCUUCAACAAUUUCUCUAUUCUUAACCAACGUUAUGCUCUCCUCAACCUCCUAGGAAAAGGAGGAUUUAGCGAGGUUUACAAGGCAUUUGAUUUAGUGGAGUAUAGAUAUGUUGCAUGUAAGCUUCAUGGUUUGAAUGGCCAAUGGAGUGAAGAGAAGAAGCAAAGUUACAUACGACAUGCAAUUAGGGAGUACAAUAUACACAAGACUUUAGUGCAUCCUAACAUUGUGCGGCUAUGGGAUAUCUUCGAGAUUGAUCACAACACUUUCUGCACUGUCUUAGAAUAUUGCAGCGGCAAAGAUCUUGAUGCUGUCCUAAAGGCAACACCAAUUCUCCCAGAGAAGGAAGCUAAAAUUAUAAUUGUUCAGAUAUUUAAUGGCCUUGUCUACUUGAAUAAGAGACCUCAAAAGAUCAUCCAUUACGACUUGAAACCUGGUAAUGUUCUCUUUGAUGAGGUUGGUGUUGCCAAAGUGACUGAUUUUGGCCUAAGUAAAAUAGUGGAGGAUGAUGUUGGAUCUCAGGGUAUGGAACUUACUUCCCAAGGUGCUGGAACAUAUUGGUACCUGCCUCCAGAAUGCUUCGACCUCAGCAAAACACCAUUGAUAUCUUCGAAGGUGGAUGUCUGGUCGGCCGGUGUGAUUCUGUAUCAAAUGCUCUUCGGCAGACGCCCCUUUGGUCAUGACCAGACUCAAGAGAGAAUCCUUCGUGAAGACACCAUCAUCAAUGCUCGCAAAGUGGAAUUUCCUUCAAAGCCAUCUGUUUCAAACGAGGCAAAGGAGCUAAUGCGUCGGUGCUUGACGUAUAAUCAAGCAGAAAGGCCUGAUGUUCUAACCAUCGCUCAGGAUCCUUAUCUCUCCUAUUCAAAGAGAUAAUGCCUGAUAGCAGCAAAAUGUUGUUCUAAAAGCUUUUUUUUUCUGGCCUUCUCUGGUUCAGGAGCCUCACUCAUAAAAGAAAAGCUUUGGCAUGUAAUGAGCAGCAUUCAUUGAACUUGGAUGCAGUCAUUUAGUGUACUGUAGUGUUCUUAAAACCUUCGGCAUGUAAAUGCAGUUUAAGUGUGGCAGUA